AUGUCAUAUUUUAAUUUAGAGUAACAUGAAACUAAAUCACAAUCAGAUUACAGUGAUUAAUUAGAAUAGUUGGAAUCAAAUUAAUUUCAUACUAUUAGAAGAAAUUCUCUUCCUAUAAUAAUAGAGGAUGGCUAAAAGAAACUUAAAGAAAAAUUCAUCCUUACUCGAAUUAAUGAACUAGGAUUGGAUUAAAAUAAGGCUUUAUAUAUCUUAGAUAAUAUGGAAGAUGAUAUUAUUAUGUAAAAUGAUGAAAAUGUAGUUUUACAUAGAGUCAUUUAGACUAUUCUUUUGAUGGAUGUAAAUUACAUAUUAUAUAAGAUAGUCAUUUCCUAAGGCAAUAUCUAAAUAGUAAUAAGGACAUUAUUUUCAAUAAAUCAAAUAGUUGAUAGGAAAAACAAUUCCCAAUCUUUUUAGUUAUUUAAACUAUCAAAAUAAUUACAAGGGAGAAUAAGAAAAUUUAUUAAGUGUAACUUGCACUAUUUGUUUAAAUGAAUUGAAGAACUAAAAUAUUAAAUUAGAUUGUUAUCAUCAAUUUUGUUUGUACUUAAUGAAAAUAAUAUUAGAGAUUGCCUGAAUAAUUAUAUAGUCGAUAAGAUUAGUAAUGGAUAAGUCGAAGAGAUUAAUUGUCCUUAAAUUCAAUGUAAAUUUAAAUUAAAUGAUGAUAUCAUGGGAUCUAUAAUAGAUUAAGAAAAUAUGAAUAAAUUAAAGAGAUUUAGAAAGAUCAAAAUGGUUUAAAGUGAUUAAAAUAUCAUUUGGUGUCCUAGACCUGGUUGUGAAGAGAUUAUAAGAAAAAAAAGUUAAGAGCAAAAAAUUAAAUGCAUAUGUGGAUAGUUUAUUUGCAAUAAAUGCAAUAGAAAAUUUCAUAUAACCUAAUCUUGCAAGGAUUAAUUAGAUUAAGAUUUAAUGGAGACUGCUAAGAAAUUUAAAAUAUUGAAAUGUAAUUAAUGUAGAUCGCUUAUUCAAAAAAAUGAUGGAUGUAAUCAUAUAGUUUGUUCAUAAUGUAAAUACCAAUUUUGUUGGCUUUGCAAAUAAAAAUAUACAAUAUACCAUUUUAAAUAUUACAAUAUAUUUGGUUGUCCUGGAAUGUAAUAUUCUCAUAGAGACCCUUAUAAAUAUCCAAAUGUAGUUAGAUUUCUAAGAUUUUUAUUUCUUCUAAUAUUUGGAGGUCCCAUAUUUUUGAUUGGAUUUAUAAUUGGAUUUAUUUUAUUAACUUUUAUAUUGCCUGCUAUUUACAAUUUGGACUAUUUCCAAUCAUAAGAGUUUAAGAAUUAUAAUUGUUGCAAGAAAACAGCUUAUAUUUCUUUAUAAUCUAUUACUUGCAUAUUGUUAUCACCAUUAAGUUUUGUAAUUGUUACAAUUUUUUUUGUUAUAUUUGUCAUUUUCUGGAUUUGUUACAUCAUUGAUAUGCUUUACAGGCGGAUAUAUAAUAAAUGA